GCGCAAGCUUUCAAUUCCCCUUCCCUCGACAGCGAGCCUUAUUUCCUGCGCUGUCCACAUAUUGAGCAAGGAUGCGCCACCUCCUCCGCGCAGUACCACAGCUGCCCGCACGAUUACCAGUGCGGGCAGCAUGGAGUGGCGCCACGCUGCAAAACCUGCCUGCGCAGAGACGACAAUACUCAAGAUCUGCCCCUCCGACGUCCUGGCUCCCGGUGCCUUUCGUCACCGAGACAAUCGCGGGCCUGACGCACACGACGGACCUCUUCUCGCGGCUCCUCAAGGAGCGCAUCGUCGCCGUGUACGGCGAAGUCGACGACCGCAUGGCCGCCACGGUCACCGCGUCCCUCCUGUACCUCGAGGCCGAGUCUGACCGGCCCAUCUCCAUGUACAUCAACUCGCCGGGCGGGAGCGUGACGGCGGGCCUCUCGAUCUACGACUGCAUGAACUACAUCGUGCCCGAGGUGUCGACGCUCGUGCUUGGCCAGGCCGCCUCCAUGGGCAGCCUGCUCCUCGCGGGCGGCGCGGCGGGCAAGCGCUACUGCCUGCCGCACUCGAGCAUCAUGCUGCACCAGCCCAGCGGCGGCCACUACGGCACCGCGGCCGACAUCGCCAUCCACGCCAAAGAGAUCCUCCGCAUCCGCACGCAGCUGAACCGGAUCUACGAGCGCCACCUGACGGGCAAGAAGAAGAUGACGGUCGACGAGAUCGAGAGGAUGAUGGAGCGCGACUACUUCCUGAGCGCCGAGGAGGCCUUGGAGUUGGGCGUCGUCGAUGAGAUCCUGGCCAGCAGGAAGAAGAAGCCCGAGACAACGACGACCGAAGAGACGUGAUGAAAAUCAUUGGCCCGGUUCGAGGAAUUCGUGGAUCAUACUGAAGAUGCCCACAGCCCCCUGGCUUCGUGUCCUCGAAUAGCGGUACUUGGGCAGGCAGUCGAACUUCUGUACAACAUAAUGACAACGCCUCAACCGAGGGUCUGGGAGGGUGGCUUUCUCCUGUCCGCAUAUCGCCUCUCAAAGCUCAACAGCGUUGUCGGAGAUUGUAUCACAGAAAAUCACCACUCGAAAUCAGGAACGACUAGUGAGUCGCAUACGGCAGAGAGACUCUUCCCUCACCAAAAUGGACGAAAUGAUCAGGCCGCCAGGAAGAUGGCGAGAUUGUGAAGCAGAUGCACAACGAGACCUGUCAGAGGAUAGAAGCUGGAGGAGAGCAAUACCGGUUGAUGAGAGAACUAAGCAAGGUGACUGACUACAAGGCUAUAUAAAAAGCUCCUUCCCAAUUCAAAAAAGCUGGAGUCCUCUCACUCAAAUCACAUGUACCGAAUAUGUAUAAGUACAUCAGAUACGCAACUCGCGCUUUGAAACACUGAUGUUGAUAAUA